AGCAGCGCCAGCUGCUCCAGAGGUCCUGCCGCCGCUUCGCUGGAGGAGAAGCCGCAGUUCUGCUCUGAGCGCCCGUACACACUCCCGUCCUGACACGGCGGAUGGGGCGAGUGGUGCCAGGUUGGACUGGACUGAGGUGGACUGCUGCUACAAGGCCAUGUUGCUGUGGUCAGUAUGGAGUGCGAUAGUGUUGCUGACCCCGCUGGUGGCUGCAGAUGAGGACGAUGUCCGAGCGGGCUGCAGCACAGCUGUAAAUGACCUGGUCUAUAUCGUUGAUGGCUCAUGGAGUGUUGGCUUCUCUGACUUUGAAACGGCCAAGCAGUGGCUCAUCAACAUCACCAGCCAAUUUGACAUCAGUUCCCACUACACACAGGUGGCUGUGAUCCAGUACAGCGACACUCCUCGUCUGGAGAUUUCUCUGGGGAAACACCAGGGUGGAGCAGACCUCAUCCAGGCCAUACGGAGCAUCACCUACCUGGGAGGAAACACACAGACCGGCAGGGCCAUCAAGUUUGCAGUGGACCACGUCUUCGCCUCCUCCCAAAGGGUCAGCCAGGUCAAGAACCGCAUCGCUGUGGUGGUUACUGAUGGCAAAUCUCAGGAUGAUGUGGUGGAUGCCAGUAUGGAGGCACGAGCUCAAGGCAUUACAGUAUUUGCUGUUGGAGUUGGCAGUGAGAUUACCACCUCUGAACUAGUAUCCAUCGCCAAUAAACCAUCAUCUACCUACGUCCUGUAUGCUGAAGAUUACACCAACAUUGACCGAAUUCGGGAUUCCAUGGAGCAGAAACUCUGUGAAGAGUCGGUGUGUCCAACACGAAUCCCGGUGGCAUCUCGUGAUGAGAAAGGCUUUGAGCUGAUGUUGGGCAUGAACGUUCAGACAAAGGCCAAGAAGAUCCCUGGCUCUCUGACUUCUGAGACAGCCUUUGCUCUGGCUGCCUCCACAGACAUUACUGAGAAUACCAGGGAUAUUUUCCCAGAGGGCCUCCCUCCAUCCUACGUGUUCGUAGCCACCCUGCGUCUAAAGGGAUCUUCCAGCAAGCUGACCUUUGACCUUUGGCGGGUGCUGUCUAAAGAUAAGGAAAUACAGGCUGCAGUGACACUAAGUGGGAAGGACAAAACUGUCAUCUUCAUCACUACGAGUGUAACAGAAACAGAGCAGAAAGUCAUCUUUAAAAGUGGCUUUCAGACUCUCUAUGAUGGAAAGUGGCAUCAGCUUAAAAUCCUGGUGAGGCCACGACACGUCACCAGUUUCCUUGACGAUCAAUCGAUCGAGGAAGUAAUGCUGGAACCGGUGGAGCCCAUUUACAUCAAUGGGGAGACACAGUUGGCUAAGAGGCGAGGAACGGACAUCACUGUGCCUGUGGAGAUUCAGAAGCUGCGUCUGUACUGCGAUCCUCAUCAGAGUGAGAGAGAAACAGCUUGUGAGAUCUACUCUGUGGACGAUGAAAGGUGUCCCCUGAACCGAACAUCCACAGAGGAGGAAGAAGACUGCAACUGUGUGGUCGGACCACCGGGUCAGCGUGGUCUGCCAGGACGCAUGGGCUUCCGAGGGGAGAAAGGGAGGGAAGGACCACCAGGACCUGAUGGUAAGCCUGGUAAGGAUGGGAAACCUGGGGAAAUCGGCCCUGCUGGAUUACCAGGGAUGAAGGGUGAAGAUGGACCACCAGGACCAAGAGGGGAACCUGGUCUAAAAGGUAACAUGGGAGACAGAGGGGAACCAGGCUUAUCAGGAGAACCAGGAGCUCCAGGACCCAAGGGUCUUCCUGGUGAGAGCGGCGAGCCAGGACCUCCAGGAGAAGCUGGACCAAUGGGAGAAGCAGGAUUACCAGGCACAGGCGGACUGAUUGGGCCACCAGGACUAAAGGGAGAGAGGGGAGACAUCGGGUUGACUGGUGCUGCUGGACCUCAAGGUGCCCCGGGUGUCAAGGGACCACCGGGCGAACCAGGCCAAAAGGGACCUCAGGGGGAGAUAGGAUUGCCUGGGCCACAAGGACCACCUGGAGAAGGCGGAAUACUGGGAAUCCAGGGGCCCCGGGGGCCGCCCGGAGAGAUCGGCCGCGAUGGUCCCAAGGGAAAAUGUGGAGAUCCAGGGGUUGCUGGUCCUUUUGGUCCACCAGGCCAGAAGGGAUCAACAGGGGAGUCAGGUUUUCCGGGGGUGCCGGGCUCCAUGGGGCUGCCAGGGUUCAAAGGUCACAAGGGGGAGAGAGGAGAACCAGGCCCUAAAGGAACCCGGGGGGAGCUAGGCAGAGAUGGAGAACCUGGGAUUCCUGGAGCCACUGGCGAAGUGGGACCCAGGGGAAGGAAAGGAGAGAAAGGAGUGAUAGGUGACACAGGCACCAGAGGGACUGAAGGAAAGAAAGGGGACAUGGGCCAUAUGGGUUCUGUUGGUCCCAGAGGAUUUCCUGGUCAGGAUGGGUUGCCGGGCCAACCAGGCCAACCAGGAUAUCCUGGGAAACCUGGCAAGCCUCCCUCAGAUGAACACCUUCUAAAGCUCUGCUCUGAUGUUCUGCGUAAUCAACUUCCAGCAUUGCUCCAGACCCUGGCACCCCCAGCUAGUUGUGAACCCUGCCAGAGCAUUAAGGGACCCCCAGGCCAGCCAGGAGCACCAGGACCCAAAGGCUCCAUGGGGACUCUAGGCUACCCUGGCAGGAGUGGCGCUCCUGGGUAUCCAGGACCCCCUGGAAUGCAAGGAACUGCAGGCCUCAAAGGUGACAUGGGACCAAGAGGACUUAAAGGCAGCAAAGGAGAAGGUUACCGCGGACCUCCCGGACCACCUGGACAGCCAGGAAUUCAAGGUCCUCGUGGUUUCGAUGGAAUCGGCCACCCAGGCAACCAGGGAAUUCCUGGGAAACCAGGGCCACCAGGAGAUUCUGGUAAACGAGGAAAUCCGGGACUCCCAGGGGUUUGUGAUGCUUCCAUGUGUUAUCAGACGUACAACCUCAGGGAACAUUACAGCAAAGGACCCAACGUCUGAUGAUUUAGCAGUGUGGGAGGAAACUGCUGUUGACUUAAACACCAAAGUGUUUUGAGGAAGCGAUUUACUGUAUCACUGAUGAACAGGGACGUGUGACCGUUGACACCCCCCCGCCCUCCCUUUUUUUUUUUUGACAAAGUGUGUUUGGAGAACAGCUGCACAGGAGGCAGAAACAACCACAUUAGUUUAGUUAAACUGAAAUGGGGAUUUAUUCAUGAUUAUGGAAUUCAUGAGCAAAGACAGCAGGCUAGUGACCUAGCUGACUGAGAUAGCAGACUAAAAGCUACUUUAUCCUUUAAACUUGCAAAGUUUGACUAGCAGGUUUAAACAGUGAGGUCUAAUCCACCAAAACAGUUGUAACUGAGUUGUGUUGGGUUUUGUGUAACUUGCAAGAGAACUAGGAUUUGGACUAAUAUUAAAAAUACCUACCUCCUCUUUUACCUGAGUUACAUUUUAUGUUCAAGUCAAUUUUACUGAAGGCUUUGUUAACAAGGCAGAAUGCUAACAAGAAACCUGGUCAAAUUCCAACACACAUGCACAGAAAAUCUCUUCGUCAAAAUCUAUAGAAUAUGAAUGAAUCAAUUAAUAAUUGCAAUUAUUAAUGCAUUCCAGACUAUGAUAAAAACUGAAUAUUAUUACAGAACUGGACAAGCAUCAGCUUUCAUGCCGUUCUUCUCUUAGCUUCACCAAAUGAGGUUUAUAUCAACCAGUGAGAUUAUUUCUGCCUUCAGUGCAGUUCUGCCUCAGAAAAAUGAUUGUAUCUAUAAAUUAUGUGAAAAGUAACUCGACAAUGAACCGUUUUCAUCUCAUAAAAGGUUGGCUAACGGUCAGGCUGUUGGGUCAAAGAUAAGAACCCCAGAAAAAAACUAAAGUUCAUGUUCAUAAAUAAAUGGAAAAAAAGUCACUCUUAAAAUCACUCCAGCCACAACAGUGCAUUUUUUUUCACUCAGCCUCCUUCUAGUGCAUCCGACGUGUAAUCUCGUCUGGUGGAAAAACAUACUUGUAUCACCUAUUGUGAACGGAGCACCAGGGUUUGUGCUAAUCCAUCACUGUGACACACAGGUUUGUAAGAAUCCUGUCACUGUCUAUUUUUACCUAUCAUAUUUGUUUUCUUGUUUACUAAUAUUAUUAUAAUAUAUUGAAUUUCUGUGUGUAUGGAUUACCAUAAAUUCUCAAAUAGUGGCCUGUUUACCUCAACUGCAGAUUUAUAGGCUUAUAUUAUUGACAGGCCUUUAUUUUCUACUUUCUCCAUGAUAUAUGUAUCUCUUACCUUAUUUUAGUAGGAAGCUUGGGAAGCUUUCUUGAUAUGCACCCAUUAUAAUCCCCCGUUGACACUGUUUGCUGUUGCAAAUUCAAAAUGUCUGCUCUACCUUUCAUAAUAAAUUCAGGAUAAUUUAAUUUUCACUGCCCAAAUUUAAAAAAACAUUUUUUUGAUCACUUUUAAGUCAUCAUCAAUUAAACACACGCACUACAACUGCACUGAUGUUUUACAUUAAAGACAUUCCUACUAGGCUUUUAAUUUGAAACAUCUACGUACAGGAAGUCUUGACCUGACUAUACUUGGAAAACCAAUUAGAGAUAAUAAGUGAUUGAACAGAACAAUGAUCUUAAAAAAGAGAGACUGAACACUGGUUUUUAUUUGAGAAUUUAUGGUAAACCGUGUAAUGUUGAGGCCAAAAAAGGUUCUUUUAAGAAAGCUGUGCUCAUCAGAAAUGUUAAAAUACUGACAAAUUCAAAUUUAACAUUGGCAACAUGGAAUACGCUGAUUAAAUAAGCAAGGUACAGUAUUGUUUAUGUUGUGAUUAUGCACUAGCAAAGUUGUUUGAUGUUUUUUAUUGCUUAUUACUGCUGUGUUGGACCACGCCUGCAAAGAAAUCUUUUGCGUUGGGUUCAACGUUUGUGAAUUUUGACAUGCAGCAUGCAACUCGCACCACUUACCAAACGUUAACUAGACCAUGACAGUGCAGAAAUUUAAGGAAACAGAGAUCACAAAAGCUAAUCUGCAGACAGUAGCAGGACUUUAUGGUAUAAAUACAAAAAAAGCCUUAAGCCAAAAAGAGAAGUUCUACAGUAGACCCACAUUGUCUCUUCCUGCAGAGGAUCAUUUUAAUGCAAACCUGUCUCCAUUUUAUGGUCCAUCUAAAAUCAUUUUAGAGUUCAGUAAUUACUUACCAUAACUGAAGAUUCUGAGUAUAGAAGCAACCCUAAAAAGCUUUAGGUUUAUCCCACUCAUGUUUGCACUGAAGACUUUUACAUCACUCCUAAUACUAUGGUGGGCCUCACCUCAGUCUCACCUGGCUCAACAACCAACUCCAAAAACGGACAUUUUCUUCAGCUAGUUAAAGGACUGUAUGGGUCCACAGCUUAGUGGGCUGUUCUCAGAUAAUAUGGACUUACAGUUGAAUUAAUAAACCUUCUAUAAGUAUAGGCAUAGCCUGGGGUAGGGGUGAAGCAGGACAUGGCCCUUGCUCCACUUUGUGCGUCCAGUACCCACAAGCACAAACACACACCUACUUCACAUGAAUCAAUAACCAGUUCGUACCUGGCCAAUGUGUCAUAACACAACACACUUUGAGUAGAAGGACAGUAUCACCACAAGGGAAUUAAAGGGAACCUGCUCAGGAGAUGUUGCCAAUUCUUUCUAAUUUAGACUCAGAAAUGUUCUAUACAGACAAGUCCCCGGUCACGUACACUGGAGUGGGGAUGUCAACUCUAACUUUAACCGGAAAUUUAGACACAGCCAGCUCAUGCACCGUCAUCGGGUGGUUUACCACUGAGCACAUAUGUGGCCUGAACAGAUGGGGUCAUCUAAAAGCUCCUUUUUCACUUUGUCUGUUAUGGUAUCCGGACAUUUUGUCAUAAAGCAGGGAGAUGUUGGUCAGGCUAGCAAUCAUCUGGUCUCCCUAGGUUAGUAGAGCCAUCAGUCCAAACAUUGGGGUGGUUUGUUUUACACUAAAACACAUCAUCAGGUUAGGCUCUAAGGAUGUAAUGGAAGGGAAGUUGCACUUUGUGAAAUCUCCCACUCUGGUGAUAGGAACAGAGGGAGACAGGUGCAUUUAGUUUUCCUGGCUCCACAGCGACUGCAGAUUUUGGUUCUUUGGUUUUUGAUGGUUGAAAAGUCAGGCUAUACAGGGUUGUGUCUAGCUACCUGGGCCAAAAUUCAAUAUCCAUCUCUUCUAAGGGUGCUUCUCUACCUAAGAACAGAAAAUCACAGUAUAGACAUACUGUGUACUCUGGCUUGGGCAGCCCAGACCAGGCCAGACAUGCGUGAUCUGGUCCAAGGCACAGGUUAUAACAAAUGUGCAGGUUAGAAUCCAAUGAUGUUCCCUCUUCUGGAAGACAUCAUUGGAAUCUAGUCAGUCACUGUCAGUGGCAAAGCUGAAGAGACCAAGGUGACACCCACAUAGUAAGUGGGUGGGGUGUAAAAGUCUUCAGUGCAGUGUGAGCAAGGGGAAACACAUUUUCAGUCACUCCAGCUAUGUGGGGAAAUGACUCAGUGGGAGUGGAAACAGGUCACGAUUACAGUUCCAGUUAAAGGGGAUUCAGCAACAGUAAGCUGCUAUAGGAAUCAUA